UGUACUACAGGUUAUGAUCAAUUGUGCCCAAAAAGAGUGUUUACUUACAACGAUAUGUGGAAAGACGCCGAAGGUGUUCCUACAAAAUAUCAAACUCAAGGUGGUUACGCUGAUAAAAUUCGUGCUCAUUCCAGGUUCGUUUUCCAUAUUCCGGAAGAAAUUAGCUCUGCUGAAGCCUGUCCGUUACUUUGUGCUGGCUUAUCUACCUUUGCUCCAUUAAAACGUCAUAAGGUUGGUCCUGGAAUUAAAGUUGGUGUCUCCGGCAUUGGUGGUUUAGGUCAUAUGGCAAUUCAAUGGGCUGCCAAAAUGGGUGCUGAAGUUACUGCUAUCUCGCAUAGUGAAAAAUAUGAUGAAGCGAUCAAACUUG